AUUAAAAAUAAAGAAGCAAAAGGUAGAAAAUGGAGGUCGGUGAGGAACGAAGAAAGUGGUGAGAUAAAUUGAUCCUUUUUAGCAACAAUCAACACUACUAUUCCUUCUCGCCGUCUCUCUGAAGAAACCAUACCUUCUUCCAUAAUUUACUCUUAAUCUUUCUGGAAUCAUGCUUGCUAAAUCAAACAUGACAUCAUGGGCGAUAUCAUCGGAUAACCUGGAGAGCAGUGUUGCAAAUGUGCCUAAUUGUAAUAUGAAUGUGGCACAGCCUACUUCCAGCCCUCCUAAUCGAACUUCCUCACAGGGUCCUGUUGCUAUUUUGUGGGACAUUGAAAACUGCCCCGUCCCUAGUGAUGUCCGCCCUGAAGAUGUUGCUGGAAACAUCAGAAUGGCGUUGCGGAUCCAUCCUAUAAUUCAAGGAGCUGUCACAUUGUUUGCUGCAUAUGGAGACUUCAAUGCAUUUCCAAGGAGAGUCAGAGAGGGGUGCCAAAGGACUGGUGUUAAACUUGUAGAUGUUCCGAAUGGGAGAAAGGAUGCAGCUGACAAGGCUAUCUUGGUUGACAUGUUUCUUUUUGCCCUUGACAACCCUCCACCAUCUUCCAUCAUGCUGAUCUCUGGUGAUGUGGAUUUUGCUCCAGCUCUGCAUAUUCUUGGUCAACGUGGAUAUACUGUGAUUCUUGUUAUUCCGUCUGGGGUAGGUGUUUCAUCUGCUUUGUCUAAUGCUGGUAGGUUUGUGUGGGAUUGGCCUAGUAUUGCACGUGGAGAGGGUUUUGUGCCUCCGGAAAGACCUACAAUGGGACCUCGUGGAGGAUCAAUUGAUAACUCUGGAUUUAUGAUGGGUUUUCAUAUAAGUGAGAAUAUGAAUGGAAAUGAUGAGGAAGCAAUUAUUUACCGAGGGCUUUCACAAAGCUAUUACAACUCAAGAGAUUUUACUUUAGUUUCUCGGUCGCUAUCUGAGUAUAACACGUGUACUUCAGCUGGUAUGCCUGUCAGCACCACAUCACUAAGAUCACAUGCUCUGCCUUCUGGUGCUACAGAAGUCACCGUAGGCUCUACUUCUUUAGUUGACCCAAAUGAUCCGAGUCUGUGGGUUCAACCUGGCGAUGUAAAUGGGUUAAAGAUACAGUUAGUAAAACUGCUUGAACUGUCAGGUGGAUGUAUACCCCUUAUUCGUGUUCCUGCUGAUUACCAAAAGAUAUUUGGUCGUCCUCUUUAUAUAUCAGAGUAUGGGGCAUGCAAGCUUGUGUCUCUCUUCAAGAAAAUGUCUGAUGUGAUGUCUGUAGAGGGUAAGGGUCAGAAAAAGUUUGUAUAUCUUCGAAAUACAAGAACAGGUACUUCUGCUCCAUCACUUCCAACAAAGAAGGAUAAAAAAGGUAAGGGAGUUCAGGAAGAAAACAUGGAAACAAAUGCUGUUUUUGUUUCAUCUGAUGAGUUCUCUGAUGAUGACAUGUUGGUCACAGAAGAGCAAGAGCAAAGUAGAUUUGCAGGGAAGCCACUUCUGAAUGCUGAAAAAUAUGCACAUGAAGAACAGAACUUGCUAGCUUUUAAGCAUGAGCUGGAGGAGAUAUUGGUGAGUUAUUCAUGUGGGAUCUUUCUAAGUUAUUUUGAGAAGAUAUAUCAGCAAAGGUAUAAGAAACCUUUAGAUUACCAAAAGUUUGGAGUAAGUGACCUUGAGGAAUUGUUUGAGAAGCUGAACGAUGUUGUCAUAUUGCGUGAGGAACCAGUGACCAAAAAGAAGUUCCUAGCUUCUGUUCUUGGUUAAGUACAAAUUGGAGCCUAAGUGGGGUAUGAAAUACUGAGCUUAUGUGGGAAAUUGAUGUGCUUUUUGAAAUUGAGCUAAUGAAAUUGGCAAAAAAAGUGGUUUCACAUGUUUUUUUUUCCUACAUGUGCCACACGUUGCGAGAUUACAAUGAGAUUUUUUGAGUUCAGAGUAACUUGGUCAACAUGAUAAUUGAAAUAAGUUUGUGUUAUUAGUUGUCAUACUCUAUGAAUGGUAAUGUGUAUGACAUUAGAUGAAUGGAGGUGGUGUAAUUUGGAACAUUGUAUAAGCAUCAUGCAACAAGAAUGGAUAUACCGUCUGGGUGUCAUUAUCAUCUUAUGGUCUAUCACGGUUUAGAAUCCAAAUUGUUUUUAAUCAUACUAAUUGGAUUAUAAAUAUUGGUAAUUAGAGCUCUUUCAUUAGCACUGGAGCAUCUUGGCAAGUUGGCAUCACCCUAAUAAAGUGAGAUGGCACCAACAUGACAGUCUGUGGUAACCCGCUAUCAACACCCUUAGUGAAUUGAUGCUGCAUGAUGCUAGUUUCUUAUGAACGACUUAUUGUUUUGGUAAGUGAAUUUGAAUAUUCUCUUUACCAUAGACUAAUCGACAUGUUUUGAAAUUGGAAAUGUGUAUGCUGAUUGGCUUCUUUUGUCCCGUUUUCUUUGAUACAUCUUUUUGAAUAUUCUCUGUUGUAACUCCUAUCGUUGCUUUCUUGGGGCUUAGCAAAAACAGAAAAAGUUGUGAAUUUUAUACAUCUUGUUACAUUUAGGUGUAGGGUGGGGGAGAAAGUCUCUGAUAUUAUGUCAAGGUUUUAGGAUGUUGAACAGAGGGCUAGGUUAAAAAGUGGGAUAUAUGCCAAUUUAGAAAUUUGCAUUAUUUACAUCGACCUCUCUUGUGCAAAUAUUUUUGGUCAAUUAUGAGGACUAUCACAACGUUUAAGUAUGAGCCUUUUAAUCACUAUGAAGUUCAUUGAUUUAGUUACACCCUAUAAAAUACAAAUUGAAAUUCAGAACAAAACGUUUGCCUUAUUUGCAGCAAUACAGUGGCCUGUGGAUGUCCCAGAAUCACAGUUCUUGAAAAAAGUGGGGUUUCUCCUUUGUUUUUGUUGGAAAUUGCAUCUUUGUUUUGUUUUGCCGAAAAGCCAAGUGUUAUUCGGGUUGUUUUUGCCUUUGUGCCCACUUUUCUAUCUGAUAUAUUAUACUGUUUCACGGUUUCUUUUCUCUCACUUCAACUUAUCAAACUCCCGGGCUCAUGAACUAUGAUGACUCCCCUAUUCAAGAGAAUCGAGUUCCUCCUUUUUGGAGAUUCAAGAAAAUUUCAAAAUUUUCGAACUUAUAAACCACCCUUAACUAGUGGCCAAUGGUCUUGACACCUUAACCAAGUACCUCAUAUUAAAGCACCCUAAGUUAUUGACCAUUGCCACUAAAUUUUCUAAUUAACCAAGUUUCGGGUUAUUAAAUUCCAAAUAAUUAUUCUUCUAGAAAUUAUUUAAAAUUUUCUUUACUAAGCUUGGAAUAUGUUUCUAUGACCUAACCAAAAUAAAUUACAAUGAUAGAUAAGCUGAUUGUGAUUCUACAAAGUUAACCAAGUAAAAUAACAAACACCACCAGCUCAUGCAUGCUUCUCUACAUAGCUUCGAAGGUUUUCAUGGUCUUCUGCAUUGAAUAAUGGGUUGAUUCUUCUUUUAGUACACUAGAUUCUUGAGCCAUUUUUGAUAUGGAUAGGAGGCAUGGGGAAGGCUUGGACUUGAAAUGAAUGAAGGCUUGGGGAUGGGGAAGUAAGAGGAAAUAAAGGUUGAUUGAAAGGAUUACGAAUAGUUAAGGAUUAUCUGGAAUAUGGAUAAUCAAUUGGAAACCCAACAUAUUCCACCAUUUUACCCUUCCUCCAAUGAGCUCCUCCUCUAUCACUCUAGUGUCAAACUUCUGGUACAGCCUCCAAACCACCAACACAUUUCUUCUCAAAUCCAUCCCCUCCUGAAAACGGUAGUUCAACCACACGCGUCUCACACCUGUGGCUGUUACCUCUUUCAGUUGUUGAAAGCCAUAAAAUUUUAGCUGCGCGCACUCCGUUCUCUUUAACAAACUCAAACUGGGAUUUCAAUCAACUUUUUUCUCCACCUUGUCAAUACCCUUCGACUAUUUGCCCUGAAUUCAUUGAUGUGGCAUAAAUCAACAAACCAAGUAUUUUAAGUAGUGUUCUUGGACAAAAACAAUAAUUAGUCUUUCCCUACAAAUGACCUACAUUGUAUGUUAUUUGACAUAAACCCUUGAUUUUUUCAAACAAAAAUGAAUGCAUCGAGUUUGAAUGAUGUUCACAAAAAUAGAAUAUAACUUGAUAACGAACUCCAGCCUUUCAUACUGUAGCUAAAUUACUUUCCUCUUUAUCUUUCAUUUUUUAUAAUCCAUUCCUACUUAUCUUCUGGUGCGUCAUCUUAUUCAUAACUGAUCUAUCAUCUAACUCACACAGGACAGCAAUUUGCUGCAUGAAUACCUAAACCAAUGUUGCCUGUGAAGGUUCAAUAACUCUGAAGUGCUAUCUUUUUUUCUUUUGGGGUACUCAUUGAUUUCACAUUGACUUAAGCCGAGUCUUUGGAUUACCAUGUUUGUGCAGGAUGACACUUUGUACUCCUUCCACCAGCAUUCAUUAAGUUUUGAAAAUUCAGUCUCAAUCAGUAAUCAGGGCCUUAAAGCUCAAGGAGACUGCUGGAAACUUUAAAUGCUUUUGGUUGCCGAAGCAGCCUACGAAAUAAAUAUGAUCAGUUUCUGGUGUUCUAAAACAAUUAUCUGUUUGUAGGGAGAAGAGGGAAGAACACGAUUUUCCCAUUUUGGAAAGAAAACUUGCUGACAAUAUAGACUAAAGCUUCUAAAAAUAUGCAAGGGCCAGUGUAAAAAAUAGGUCCUUUAGAGAAUUUGAUUCAGGAUAUUUUUUUGUAAUCGGGACUCAGGAGGCCAAGUUCCCAAACUAAUUUUGAUUGUCCUCCUGUUUGAUAGAUGCAACUUUACCUCAAUGAAAUUCGAUUUGUUACGAGAACCGGGAACGAAAACGAGAAACGUUAAUUUAAGAGUUUUGGAAACGUAGGUAUAAUUUGAUUUUCACAAAUUCUCAAAGGUGAGACCAUCUCUAUUGGGUUGGCCUAAUGUGAUUACUUUUUAUAGUCUGUGAUCACUUAUAACCUUAAAUUGAUCGGUGAUCAGUUAAAAAAAUAGACUAAUUGUGUGGGCUCAUUUCAUAAUUGGACGAUCUCAUACAAGACUUGCUUGAUAAAAGAAGAAAAGAAGGGCUUAAGGUAUCAUAUAUGACUUUGGGCUUGGAAGAAAAACAAUUGGGGAAUGUAGUUUGAAACGUUUCCAAAGUUGGGAUUCGAAUGGAAGUUUCCGGUUUUUAUUUGGGCUUGAUAGAAAUACGGUUGUAUUAUGGAAUAUACUAGAGGUGUUUAUUUGGAUCAUCGGGUCAAUUUUAGGUUAGGUGUUUUGGAUUGAUUUAAAAGUGGUCUUCUGUCCAGGUUUAUUUUUACAUAAUAGUGAAUUUAUUUUGAAGUCGAGUAUAAUCGAGCUCGAUUAUAAGGCCGGGUAAAUAUCGGGUCAUCGAGUUUAUUUUGAACACUUCUAGACUAUACAUAGAGUAAAUCAUCCAUUUUUGAAUUCUUUGGAAUCAUGUCAAACAACUUAAAUUUGUGUAUGUCUGAAUAAACCUUUCUUCAACUUUGUAUCUUCUGCAAGAUAACAUGUACUUAUUGUGGGAUAUAAUCAAGUAUCCUCUUAACAAGGAUUGAGGUAAAUUCUGGAAUUCUUUACCAGACAAAUACGUAUAAAAUGUGUCUCGACAGUGAUCGAAAUUCUGGCUUCCUUUUCCUUGAUUAUGUACCUCAAUUUUAUGGCUUCUUGACUUAUUUUAACUUGA